UAUGUUUUGUCCACUGAUGACGUCAACAAGAGACCUCCGCGGCGAAGUUUUAUUUAUAUACAAUUUUGUCAUCUUCAUCUUCGAUUCCAAUUAGUGAACUUUGAACUAGCACCUUGUAGUGGGCAGUUAGGUGGCUUGAGGAAUUCUAUUAUCAUCACUUCUAUUAUCCGAAAAAUGUUCAGUUUUCAUUCUGCUAGCAUACCUAUUCCUAAGAAAUCGUACGGUAAAUCCAAACCCAUGACCGUGACAUGUGUAUGCACAGAUAUGAGUAUAUAGAAUAUAUGUAAUAGUUGUAUACCACACGCGCAACUAUUUAACCUAGCUAUUUUACUUGUACAGUCAUCAUUAGAGGUACUUGAUUGAUUAGUAUACGAUUGAAAUAUUACGAAUAGCGAUAGAUAUAUGCAUACCUUUUACAUUUUCCAUCAAGUUUUUAACGAAAAUAAAACAAUCCAACGAAAAAUUAAGGUUUGCUCAUCACUCGCGCUUUGAAAACAGUUAGCACAAUGAGUCUGCAGUGGACUUUGAUUGCCUCGUUUCUGUACGCCGAAAUAGUUGUAGUACUACUUUUAGUCUUACCAGUUGCUUCACCCCAAAGAUGGCAAAGACUUUUCAAAUCAAGAUUUUUGCAAAGCCUUGGACAGCAGGCAUCAAUAUACUUUCUCGUUUUACUAGCAAUACUAGUAUUAUUCUUAUUGGAUGCUAUUCGCGAGAUGAGAAAAUACUCACAUAUAGAGCCAAGUGAGCAUGGCCAUCAGCAUUUGGAUGCUGAAAUGCAAGGAAAUAUGAGGUUGUUUCGUGCUCAGAGAAACUUCUAUAUUUCCGGAUUUGCUCUCUUCUUAUCUCUUGUAAUUCGUCGACUAGUAAUUUUGAUCUCCACACAGGCUACUCUUUUGGCUCAAAGUGAAGCAUCCAUGAAACAAGCUCAAUCCGCCACUACUGCUGCCCGAAAUCUUUUACAAAAGUCUGGUGAAAGCGCACAAAAUGACUCCAAUGAAGUUCAUGAUAAAGCUUUGAAAGAAUUGAAAAUUGAGCUGAAAGAAUUGCAAGCCAAAAAUUGCCAGUUAGAAAAUGAAUUGUCUAAAGAGAAAAAAGACAAGGUAGCUGUCAAGUCACAAGCAGAUUCACUGGCCAAAGAGUACGACAGAUUAAAUGAAGAGUACUCUAAAUUUUUAAAAGCCGGUGGAGUAGACAAGAAGAGUGAUUGAAAAUUUUACCUUUUUUGUCAUAAAUAUUGUUGGCUGUCAACCUACAACAGUAAAACAGUGCAGUGUAAUACUUUUUUGAGGUGUUUGAUUUUUGUAUAGUUUUAUAAAGUUAUAACUUGAGUCUGAAUGAUAUAAUUGAAAUUAAUUAUUAAUGUGAUUCUUUUAUUAAAAAAAUUAAAAAUUA